AUGGAUAAGAGCGACAUAUCGCACAUUGAACUUGCUGAGCAGAGUCCCAAGCCACCUACAGGACUGCAUGUUGAGCUAUUUAAAGGAGAUGAAGUGGUGCUUAUUCCGACCCCGUCGGCGGAUCCCAGGGAUCCCUUGAACCUUCCCGCAUGGCGCAAAUGGGUCCUCCUGAUCCUGGUGUCGGCAUUCAGCUGCACGGCUGUCGUUCUCGCAUCAGGGAUGGGAUCCAUUUUCUCCGUUGUUGAGGCUUCUUAUCCCGGACAAGAAGCUAAAGCUAAUGACCUGAUGACUUAUCCGACUUUGUUCAUGGGGAUCGGGAACCUCAUUGCCAUGCCUUGGGCUUUCACAAUUGGUCGUCGGCCAGUAUUCCUUGCCUCGAUUCUGCUGCUCCUUGCAGGUGGAGUCUGGUGCCAGUGCUCCACUAGUCUGGAAAGUCAUAUAGCUGGCCGUAUUAUUAUGAGUCUCGCUGCCGGACAGAGUGAAGCGUUGGCGCCCCUGAUCAUUCAGGAGAUCCAUUUCGUCCACGAGCGUGGUCGGAAGAUUGCAUGGUUCAUAUUCAUUCAGAAUAUUGCGUCCGGGGUUUUCUUUGUCAUAUCGACGUACAUGGUCUCAGCCUGGGGCUGGAGAUGGUGGUAUGGGUUCUUCACAAUUAUGAACGCAGUGAUCUUCGUCUUUGCCUUCUUUUUCGUGACAGAGUCUCGAUUUGAGCGAACAGAGGAACAAAUGCGUGGUGAGGCUCCGGAUCUGAAAAUUGAUGACGUGUCCGCUGUGGAAGAACAAUACGAGCCUCGUUGCUGGCGCAAUGAUAUCAAGCUCUUUGUUUCCAAUCCUCAAUUCUCUGAUAUUCCGACUUUCUACAAGCAUGUCUUCCAAGGGUUGUUUAUCCCGACAACGGUUUGGCUACUUCUCUUAAAUGGCGCCAACCUCGGAACAUAUGUCUUCGAAGCCUCGACCUUUGCCAGUAUCUUGAUGUCAUCCCCAUAUAACUUCAGCUUCGACGCGCUCGGCUACGUCCAAGCCGGUCAGAUUGUCUGUUGCCUCGUCUUCCUCCCAUUACUUGGUUAUGGAAGUGACAUGGUCAUUCGGAUCUUCAGCCGCCGUAACAACGGAAUAUAUAAGCCGGAAUACCGGCUACCAGUCAUCGCAAUCCCAGCAAUUGUUGGUAUCAUCUGCGGUAUCAUAUAUGGAAGGGCGGGUGCACACCCUGAGAGCUGGAGUGUUGCAUCGAUUGUCAUUGGGUACAAUGCCAGUUACUUUGCAUUCCUGGGAGCCAAUAUUGUAGGUAUCACAUACGCGGUGGACAGCUUCCCAUUUCGUGCGGCACCAUUCUUAGUCGUUAUUUGUGCUGGGCGGGGAUUUAUUUCUUUUGGUCUGAGCUAUGCCACUUUGCCUGCUGUUGCUACUCUUGGAUAUGAUGGGACGAUGAUAGUGGAGGAGGUGAUCUGUGCCGUGUUGGCUUUGUUCGCUAUCCCGAUGUACUUCUUUGGUCCUCGUAUCCGCGAGUAUGUUCAGAGAUGGUGUGAACUUGAGAAGAACCAUUGA